UCAACAACGGCAUCAGUCUACUGGACCCUCCGCAUGUGCAGUGGGUCCACCCCGCCCGAUCAAUCCAGCCAAGACCGCACAUCCCCAUGGAGGACUCCGUCCUUCAUCGACCGGUCUCCCCAGCGCAACGACAGGGAACAACACGCAAGAAACCAUGUGGAAGCCAAACCGAACUCCCGUCCGCACGCAGGACGCGCCUCUGCCGCCAUCCUUCCUCUCCCAGGCCAUCGUGGCCGGCUCUCAAGUCUACUGCUCGGGACAGGUGGGAGUGAGUCCCAGCACGGGAAAGAUGGUCGAGGGACCCAUCCAGGAGCGAACGAAACAAAUCCUCCGCAACCUCAGCGCCGUCCUCACCGCGGGUGGUUCGAGUCUCCAGGACGUGGUGAAGGUGAACAUCUUCCUGGCCGACAUGGGGGAUUUUGCGGCAGUGAACGAAGUCUACGAGACGUUUUUCCAGGAUCCCAAGCCGGCGCGGACGUGUGUGGCUGUCAAGACGUUGCCGUUGGGAACGGAUGUUGAGAUUGAGUGUACGGGCCUGGUGACGAAGAGAACUCCAGGGGGUUCUCGUCUCUGA